CGACGAUGCUUUGCGUUGCACACUUGCACUUGCUGCUCUUCUCGGUGUUCUCGGGGUGUUGCGUGCUGCUGUGAUGAUGCUUUCGUGCCAUUCUUGAAUUUCUCCAUCGUACGCUGUGUUCUUGCUGCGGUUGCACACAUCGAUCCGUGCGUUUGUUGCUGCGACUUGGCUCUGGAGUUGGUGGUCGUUUCGUUGCAGUAGAGGCGGACGAGCACCUGAGAGGCCGAGAGUUCGUCCAUGGAAAGCAAACCCUGCUAUGGGUGCAUCUAACAGCCGUCCUGUUACAACAAAGUUUACUGAAGGAGGAGAAAAUGACAGAAUUAGGUAUGCAGCAUCAACUAUGCAAGGUUGGCGUAAGAACAUGGAAGAUGCUAGUGCAGUUGUCCCAGAUCUAGAUCACCUCACAUCUUUCUUUGGUGUUUAUGAUGGCCAUGGAGGUUUGAUCUUGAUUAGCUUGUGGCUCGAGAUCCCCAACCCACCACCACCGCCGGUGUGCUUCUGGUGGGUCGUCGGUGAGCCACCAUCGCCGGCCGAGAUGGAGGUCGCCAUCCACCCGCCCCCGUUGCUCCCAGCCCUGCUCCGCCUCCCAGGCACCCCCGACGUCGCGCUCCACCUCCUCGAGUGGGACCCCGUCGUGUCCCCCAUCGCAGUGUCACCUGGAGUUGAAGUAGCAUUGCUUUGUGCGCGGCAAUUUCAUAAUGAGCUUCUCAACCAUCCAGACUAUGAAACCAAUGUGACUAAUGCACUGGAGAGUGCGUUUUUAAGAAUGGAUGAGCUGUUGAAACAAUCAGAAGAAUGGAGGGAAUUACUUUAUCCUCGUGGUAACAAUUUGAUACAGUUUCUCAGGACUGGUGUUUGUGCUAACCAUUGGCCCUUCCCACAGGCACCCCCUUACGUACCGCCAAAACUAACAGGGAGCACAGCAUGCGUAGCUGUCAUUAGAGGCGACCAGAUCAUUGUUGGAAAUGUUGGUGAUUCUCGUUGCGUAGUAUCAAGAAAUGGUCAGGCAAUUGCAUUAUCCACUGAUCACAAACCACUCAAUCGGGAUGAAAAGCUGAGAAUUCAAAAGGCAGGAGGGCGGGUAAUCAGGGAUACACGUCUUGUAUUGGUACGCGGACGACUAAGCACACAACGGUCGGGCAUCCCUCGGGUUCAAGGAAUGUUAGCCAUGUCUAGAGCGAUUGGUGAUUUUGAAUUCAAGCAGAACACGGCUUUGACUCCUGCAGAACAAAUGGUGACAUGUACUCCAGACUUGAUCAACUUCGAGAUAACUGAAGAUACUGAGUUUCUGGUCAUAGCAAGUGAUGGUAUCUGGGACUGUAUGACAAAUCAGGGUGUGGUUGAUUUUGUACGCGAGAACUUAAGAUCUGGGAUGACUGAUCUGCGUGUCAUCUGCGAGAGGCUUGUUGAUCGUGGCCUGCCGUCGGCUGACAACGCGACUGCCAUACUGGUUCAGUUCAAGAACUCCAGAAGGCUCCCUCCCCUGACCGAGGACGAUGGCGAAGACAAGGAGAAGGACGGCGACGUUGACAACGCCCUGGGCACCGCGGCCAACGAACAGCAACCCCGAGCCCCUGCACCUGAAACCACCGAAGAACAGACCCUCCUGAGUGAUGAGAUAUAGAAGCUUAGUUGCCGAGUUUGAGUUUGAGUAUCUGCAGGUUUUCCUCUUCGUCGAAGACAGUAUAAUGCCACCGUGAAGGAUGAUAACCUUUUAGCAGUUUUCUCUUACUCUAGUAAUGAUGUGUGUGCUGGGUACGUUCCAGAGGAGAUUUUGCUUCAGAACCACAUAAAUUCAUGCGACUUUGCUGUUCGAUCU